UACGAGCAUUGUAAGUUUCCAAUAAAAUCUUGUCUUUCAUCAUCACCACCUUCUCUUUUUUAGGUUUUUUUGAGGGAAACUUCUCUUUUUUAGUUUUUUCAGUUAUUUUGGUUUUUAAUUCGGUGGUGGGUACAUACUUUUGUGGCACGAUACGUAUAAAAUGGGUUAAUGGGGUCUCUAAAAAUUUAUAGUGUAUCAGCCAUUAACGACCUUAAAAUUCCACACAAACCCAUAUAGCCAUUUUUUCUUUCUGCACAUUCACUCUCUCACAAUUGACAAUAACCUUUUCACCAUAAACCCUAAUCAUAUACUAUAGAAAUACAACUAUACGUACAAGCCUACAGUCUCUGGUAGCCAUGGGUUGCUCCUCUUCUCUUCCAGACAGGUCUUCCGGGCAGUUGGCCGGGCUGAAUUCAGAGAAUGGCGGAGUGUCUGACGCCAAAAAUCUCCGUGUGAAGCUGGUCUUGUUAGGUGAUUCUGGUGUUGGUAAAAGCUGUAUUGUUCUUCGCUUUGUUCGUGGUCAGUUUGACCCAACUUCCAAGGUUACUGUUGGAGCUUCAUUCUUAUCACAGACAAUAGCUUUACAAGACUCUACAACAGUUAAGUUUGAAAUAUGGGACACUGCUGGCCAAGAGAGGUAUGCUGCAUUGGCGCCACUUUACUACCGAGGUGCUGCAGUUGCAGUUGUUGUAUAUGAUAUAACAAGCCCAGACUCAUUUGCCAAGGCACAAUAUUGGGUUAAGGAGCUACAAAAACAUGGUAGUCCUGAUAUAGUCAUGGCCUUAGUCGGUAACAAAGCUGAUCUUAAUGAGAAGCGCGAAGUACCGGUUCAGGAUGGCAUUGACUAUGCGGAGAAGAAUGGAAUGUUUUUUAUUGAGACAUCUGCAAAGACAGCAGAUAAUAUAAAUCAGCUGUUUGAGGAAAUUGCCAAGCGACUACCCCGCCCGGCCUCUUCAUGAUGCAGAACCUUUGAAACUGAAUUAACUUAUAGCUGCUCAAGUUGUGGGAACCAUUUAUCUGCCUGUAAUAUUCAGCUUGUGUAUAUUGUGUUAUAGAUACAUAAUACUCUUUCUUUCUGUUUGCAAGAUAUGUAAUACCUUCUUAUUAAUUGUUUAUGGUUUUCAAUCAAUCCUUUUAGUUGGACACAAUGA